AUGAUCGUCCAGGUGGAAAAGGUUCAGGUGGACCUAGCGAAAUAUGGGUUGCGACCGGGGACAGGGAGCGAGAAGCCCCCUGCCAUCGCAGCGAAGGAACAGCGGGAGACAAAGGAAUCCAAACCAGCGUCUCCUACUCCGAAGCCGAGAAAAGCCAAGGAGAAAGCGGAAAACCAAAAUAAGAGCGAGGAGGUCGAAUUUGUAUCGACUUAUGCGAUGCAAAUAUCCAGGCCCACGACGCCUGCGGAUGAGGAUGUGGAGUUCGUAUCGAUGGAGUCGGCGAACAAACCAAGAAGGAAAUCAACCUCUUCGGGCUCCUCGGAUAUAAACCUACCGAGACGGGCUGGAUUGAGGGGAAAAAAGAGACACGCUAUCAGCUCGCCUGAGAUGGAUCGGGAUGAGGAUGAAGCCCCGAGAAGCAAGUUUUCGGACUCACAGAGGAGAGAGAUAGAAGUAAGGAUGGAGAACCUAGAGCAUCUCUCGUCGUCGGACAUUGCGGCUCUAUCUUCGGACUGGUUGAGGGAAACCGAGCACUGCCGUAGCAUAUCAUCGAAUAUUAAAGGAUCGUUAACCAGAAAAAUGAAAGUGAAUAUCGGGUCGCUGGCUGAAGCGGUAAAGGUCCUGGCGAUGAGAUCGUCGCAGGAGGGUGACGUCGGGUUUCUCAGAACCAAAUUAAUGGACAUGCAGAAAGAGAUCACUGGAUUAAGAGAGGAAAACGAAAAACUGAAACUGCAGAUGGAAGAUUUACGAUGCGGGAUGAAGAUAACGGGAAGCCCAGUAGGACAAGCAGGGGCAGAGUUUAGGGAUAUCGCCGGCCCAUCCAUCAGGUCACCCGAACCUCCGCGAGAGACGGGGAUGGAAAUGAGCCCAAUAAUGGCUGCACUAACAAGGGCGGAAGAGAUCGCGAGACCCUCUCCGAGGACAAAACAGCAGCGAGCCUCGCCUAAGGCAAAGGAGGAGGUAAUGGGCGAUGGUUUCUUCGAGAAAUUAAGCACCACAAUCAGCAACUCAGUGGUAAAUGCUAUGAGGACGCAAAUGUUAGUAAUGGGAGCUAUGGAAAGCGGUAGGAGGGAAGGUGCCAGACGCCGAGAUAUCCAGGAUCGGCUCCGGCAGGUCGAGGAAUGGGAGAUGUCUCCAGCUAUGGCGGAGUCCCCGGCCAUAGAAACUGAGGAGGAUGGUGACGAGCGUGCAAUGGCACUUAGGAAAAAAGAUCGCCAAAGCCGUGCGCGGAAAACGCGAAAAGUGGAUGUUAAAAACGUAAUAACGAAUAAGAACAGAGAAACUGAAGAAGAGCCCAAAGGGAGAAUGGAAUUUCCCCCAUUGCCGGCGGUAAGGGAUAGAAACGCGGACCUACAACAGAUACCGGGUAAUACUCCUAAGAUAGCCCCCCCGAGAGAAGUAAAGAAGAACACAGGGACGCCCCGCAGAAGGGUACCCCGUUCGUCGGCCAUAACAAUUUCGUGCCAAGAAGGAGGGUUGACAUACGCCGAAAUCAUACGCAAAGCGCGCGAAGAAAUUAACCUUGAGGAGCUCGGAAUACAGGAAACGAGAAUGCGGAAUACGGUCGCUGGGGGUGUCCUCAUAGAACUGCCUGGAGAAAACACGGCCGCUUCAGCGGAUACUCUAGCUAAGAAGCUGAGGGACGCGUUUUGCGACACAAUGGUGAUGAUCAGGAGACCGAUGCUGAGAGGCGAAUUAAGGCUGGCGGGCCUGGACGCCUCGGUAACCCCGGAGGAAUUAAAGGGAGUGGUUGCGCGUACAGGAGGGUGCGACGAGGAAAACGUCCGUUUGGGGUCUUUCCGGUUUGCCAGAAACGGGCUGAGAACAGUGUGGUUGCAGUGCCCACUGGCAACUGCCGCGAAAUUGGCUGAGGGAGGAUGGCUACGCGUGGGAUGGUCAACUGCACGAGUGGAGCUCCUGCGUAGAAGACCGCUGCGGUGCUUUAGGUGUCUCGCAGCGGGACACGUCCGGGACAGAUGCCCCAGCGAAACAGACCGAUCGGACUGCUGUUUCAACUGCGGAGAGAGCGGACAUCCGAUGCGAGAUUGUGGCAGAGCCCCGAAUUGCCCAAUCUGUAAAAGUAAGGGUAUGCGACAUGAUCACAGAGCGGGAUCUGAAUUCUGCCCUCCAUGCCCACCGAAGAAGGAACGGCCUACGAGCCCAAGGAGUAGAGGGAAAACAGCAAAUCGGAGCGAGACAGCUGAUGACCAAAUGGAAACGUAG